CACACAAAAUUAUCCCACAAAACAUCAUCAAAAGUUCAAGAAAAUGGGAUUCAACAAAUAUUAUUCAGAUUCAAGUGAACCCCAUUACCACAAAACACACAAAAUCUUCCUUUUCUGUAACUACAUUCUUCUUGGUGCAUCCUCUAGCUGCAUUUUCUUAACUCUAUCCCUCCGAUUAAUUCCGUCUCUUUACGGAUUCUUAUUCAUCCUCCUUCACAUCCUUACUAUAGGUGGCGCAGUUUUUGGCUGCGCCACAGUGUCAGCACUCUCACAGAGUGCUGACACUAAAGGGUACGGAGCACACAUGGUGUCCUCCGUACUCAUAGCAAUUUUCCAAGGCUCUGUUUUCGUGCUUAUAUUCACGAAAACAGGGGAUUUUCUUGGAAAAUUGAAUUCCUAUGUCAGAGAAGAAGAUGGUGUUAUGAUUUUGAGAUUAGCUGGUGGAUUAUGUGCUUUAAUCUUUUGUCUUCAAUGGAUUUCUCUUACAUUAGCAUUUUUCUUGAAAUAUUAUGCUUAUAUUGAAGGAAAUAAUGGGAAUAUUGCAAUGAAGAAUAGAGGUAAAGUUCAAGAUGAACAAGAUGUGAAGAAUUGGCCAUGGCCAUUUCAAGUUUAAGUAGAAAACAAAAAAGUGGCUAUUUUUUUAAUUUUUUUUUUUUUUUGCAAAUGUGAAAUUUUAUUUUUAUUUGUUAAUUUAUUGAUUUAUUCUUGUGUAAUUUGAUUGGAUUUUGACUUUGGAAGGUUGAUUUUAUUAAUAUAUAUGUGUAAUUUGUAUGAUGAGUAAAAGUGGCUAUUUUUGCAAAUGUGAGGUUC